CGUUUCACUUUCUUUGACACUUUGACAGUGACGUGCCUAUGUGGAGUUUGAUAUGUGUACAGCAGAAAAAUGAUCCUCAGCUAACAUAUUAAGCCUCAGUAGUUAGUGUCUUCAAAGUUUAUGACUCCUGUUUCGCUGCGCCUAAAGAAGACCAACUAUCCUACAUACUUUUCAACUUGAUUAUCACUGAAAAUGGCUACAUACGAAGAGUAUAUCCAGCAAAACGAAGACAGAGACGGGAUACGGUUCACAUGGAACGUCUGGCCGUCCAGCAGAAUAGAAGCCACCCGUUUGGUGGUGCCCUUGGCCUGUCUUUACCAACCCCUGAAAGAACGUCCCGAUCUUCCACCAAUUCAGUACGAUCCAGUGCUGUGCACUAGAAACAAUUGUCGUGCAAUACUGAACCCACUCUGCCAAGUAGAUUAUCGUGCCAAGCUUUGGGUGUGCAACUUCUGCUUUCAGCGGAACCCGUUUCCCCCUCAAUAUGCCGCCAUUUCCGAGCAACACCAACCAGCUGAGCUUAUGCCAAUGUUUUCCACCAUAGAGUACACUAUUACAAGAGCACAGUGUUUACCCCCGAUAUAUCUCUAUGUUGUCGACACUUGCAUGGAUGAGGAAGAAUUGGGUUCACUCAAGGACUCCUUGCAAAUGUCUUUGAGCUUGUUGCCCCCGAACGCCUUGAUAGGAUUGAUUACCUUCGGGAAGAUGGUCCAAGUGCACGAACUAGGUACCGAGGGUUGCAGCAAAUCUUACGUUUUCCGAGGUACGAAAGACCUCACAGCUAAGCAAGUUCAAGAGAUGUUGGGAGUGGGCAGAGCCGCAGUAAGUGCUCAACCUGCUCCUCAACAACCAGGACAACCCAUGAGGCCUGGAGCACUCCAGCAAGCUCCUACGCCACCAGGAAGCAGGUUCCUUCAACCCAUCUCGAAAUGCGACAUGAACCUCACUGAUCUUAUUGGAGAGUUGCAAAGAGACCCAUGGCCUGUCCACCAAGGCAAACGCGCCCUCAGAUCGACCGGGACAGCUUUAUCGAUAGCCAUUGGCUUGUUGGAAUGCACAUACGCCAAUACUGGUGCCAGGGUCAUGCUAUUCGUUGGAGGACCUUGCUCUCAAGGCCCUGGUCAAGUCUUGAAUGAUGAUCUGAAGCAACCUAUCAGAUCUCACCACGACAUCCAAAAAGACAAUGCCAAAUACAUGAAGAAAGCAAUCAAGCACUAUGAUAAUUUAGCGAUGAGGGCAGCAACGAAUGGCCAUUGCGUCGACAUAUAUUCAUGCGCUUUGGAUCAGACAGGAUUGAUGGAGAUGAAACAGUGUUGCAAUUCAACAGGGGGACAUAUGGUCAUGGGCGACUCGUUUAAUUCUUCCCUGUUCAAGCAAACGUUCCAGCGUAUAUUUUCGAAAGAUCAGAAAAACGAGCUGAAGAUGGCAUUUAAUGGUACUCUGGAGGUCAAGUGUUCCAGGGAGUUGAAAAUUCAAGGCGGUAUUGGAUCUUGUGUUUCGUUGAAUGUGAAGAAUCCUUUGGUUUCCGACACCGAAAUAGGAAUGGGUAACACGGUUCAGUGGAAAAUGUGUACGGUAACUCCAAGUACUACCAUGGCCUUGUUCUUCGAGGUCGUCAACCAACAUUCCGCUCCCAUACCUCAAGGGGGAAGGGGCUGCAUACAGUUCAUCACGCAAUAUCAGCAUGCUAGUGGUCAGAAGAGGAUCCGAGUAACGACAGUUGCUAGAAACUGGGCCGAUGCUUCUGCUAAUAUACAUCAUGUCAGUGCUGGAUUCGAUCAAGAGGCAGCCGCAGUGAUAAUGGCGAGGAUGGCAGUUUACAGAGCCGAAUCGGACGAUAGCCCUGAUGUCUUAAGAUGGGUCGAUAGAAUGUUGAUACGUCUGUGCCAGAAAUUCGGCGAAUAUAACAAGGACGACCCGAAUUCGUUCCGCUUGGGCGAAAACUUCAGCCUCUACCCGCAGUUCAUGUACCAUUUGAGAAGGUCACAGUUCCUACAGGUGUUCAACAAUUCUCCCGACGAAACGUCCUUCUACAGGCACAUGCUUAUGCGUGAAGACCUCACGCAGUCGCUGAUCAUGAUCCAGCCGAUACUCUACAGCUACAGUUUCAAUGGACCACCGGAACCUGUGCUUUUGGAUACGAGUUCCAUCCAGCCCGACAAAAUUCUGCUCAUGGACACGUUCUUCCAGAUUCUGAUAUUCCAUGGCGAGACAAUAGCCCAAUGGCGUAACCUCAAAUAUCAGGACAUGCCUGAAUACGAGAACUUUAGACAGCUGCUGCAAGCCCCAGUGGACGAUGCCCAGGAAAUUCUUCAAACCAGGUUUCCUAUGCCGCGUUACAUCGAUACGGAACAAGGAGGAUCACAGGCUAGAUUCUUGCUCUCGAAAGUCAACCCGAGUCAGACUCACAACAAUAUGUACGCCUACGGAGGGGCCAUUAUGGGAGGUUCCAGUGGGGACGGAGGUGCUCCAGUUCUCACUGAUGAUGUAUCGUUACAAGUAUUCAUGGAUCACCUGAAAAAACUGGCAGUGUCCUCUACGGCUUAGUUGACCACGACGGUUCGAACACUGCAAAGACAUAACACAAACCUAAUGGAGGGGAUCGAUCAGAAACGUCUCCUGUAUAAACAAACGGUUGGGAUGUUUUAACAGAGAGUCAGUAAAUUAUCAUUUGUGGAACACAAAAUUUUCAAAAAAACAUUUCAACACUUUCCGCUUUUAACUGGCAAACCCUUCAAAAGUUAUUUUGUUCCAUUAAGUUGUCUCCGAUUAAGCAGUAUGUCGAUUCUGUUGAAAUAUCUCUGACUGAAAUGGAGAUGUUUUACUGUAAGGUAUCAAAUCAAAACUAUUUUGUGUUUUUUUUUCAAAUGUAUUUAUUUUUAAUUCACAAAUACAUGAUAUUACUCAA